UGCUUGAGUUUCUUUGAUAGCAUUGAUUACAUGUUAUUUUCAAUGCAGAAACCAUAUUAAUAUUUGUGCCAGCUUUAGUAAGAAUAUGAUUUGGUUCCUGAGAUUUGUUUCUCCUGAAGCAUUUAGCAAUCUCUAUGAUUCUAUCUUUUGUUUUUAUUGUUUAGUUGUGAUGCUUUCGUUGGUAAUCCAUCAUUUUCAUGUUGAAGUACACGCAAAGCAAUGAAUUGAAGGUUUGUUUUUAAUGGACCACUGAAAGAAGUAAUGGAGAUCAAUAAAGGAACUUCUGUAAUCCUAUUUCUUAUGUUUCCUAGAGAACCUAUGUCAUCUGUGCAGUCUCUUAUAUUUGACAUCCAUCGUUCUCCAUCUCUCUCUUUUACAAAAACAAAAAGAGAAAAGAUUAAAAUAAUUCUAAUGUAUGAUAGCAAGUCAGACCUUUUGGUCAUUUUAACUCAUUAAUUAUCCAGAUAAUGCCUGUACUAUUAGGAUACCAUAAGAUUUUUGUGGCAUUUGAAAGCCUCCAUCCGAAAUCUUAUAAGAAAAUGCACUAUGCAAAAUAAUUUUGGGACCUACAGACUUCUAUACUGAUCUAUGUCAAUAUCAUAGCAUUUUUUAUUAACUUCCCAACAUUUAUAUGAUGAUAGUGUCACGGUCAUGCUUGUCCAAAGCGUGUUACCUAUGACCACAUAUUUUUUAUUGUGUUGUGUUAAUAUGGGGGUGUGUAUGACCGGUCACCAAAAUCAUGUCUACAUCUGCCACGGCUAAAAUGUCCCAAAAUAUACGGUAGGGGAUGUGACUAGUUGUCAAUUCUUCCUACCCAAGUUGUAUGCUAUCAAAGCCGUAGUUGUUGCCUACUUGCUUUUAGUUUAUAACAUUGCUUUCUUUAAAGUUGUUUUCAACGUAUUUCCUCGCUCACGUUUGCUAAAACAUUUCUCUCAAACGUGACUCGACGCUCGAGCAUACGCCAAUAUUGUCCGCAUAGUGCGAAUUUCACACCGCUGACUUGUUCGCUGGAUUAGAACAAGUGCCACAGCAAGAGCAAGAGUGCAAUGGCUUUCUGCUUUCACGCUGACAAGGAAUCAGUGAGAGAACCUCGAAUAGUAAGGGUGGGUCUCAUUCAAAAUUCUAUUGCUCUUCCGACAACUGCUCCCUUUUCAAACCAAAAGAAGGCUAUUUUUGAGAAAGUAAAGCCAAUCAUUGAGGCAGCAGGUGCUUCUGGAGUCAACAUAUUGUGCUUGCAAGAAGCAUGGAUGAUGCCAUUUGCUUUCUGUACCCGGGAGAAGGGGUGGUGUGAAUUUGCAGAGCCAGUUGAUGGGGAAUCGACACAGUUUCUUCAGGAUCUUGCAUCAAGAUACAACAUGGUUAUUGUAAGUUCCAUUCUUGAGAGAGAUGUUAAUCACGGAGAAACUUUGUGGAAUACUGCCCUUGUUAUUGGAAAUAAUGGAAACAUAAUUGGCAAGCAUCGCAAGAACCAUAUACCAAGAGUUGGCGACUUUAAUGAAAGCACAUACUAUAUGGAAGGAAACACCGGGCAUCCUGUGUUCGAGACAGCCUACGGGAAAAUUGCAAUAAAUAUAUGUUAUGGGAGGCACCACCCUUUGAACUGGUUAGCUUUCGGCUUAAAUGGUGCUGAGAUUGUUUUCAAUCCUUCGGCGACCGUUGGUGAACUCAGCGAACCAAUGUGGCCUAUUGAGGCCCGAAAUGCUGCAAUAGCAAAUAUUUAUUUUGUCGGAUCGAUCAAUCGUGUUGGGACCGAGAUUUUCCCGAAUCCAUUCACUUCAGGCAAUGGGAGACCGCAGCAUACAGAUUUCGGUCACUUUUAUGGAUCCAGCCAUUUCUCUGCACCAGAUGCAUCUUGCACUCCCUCACUCUCUCGUUUUCGAGAUGGUUUAUUAAUCUCUGACAUGGAUCUUAACUUGUGUAGGCAGCUGAAAGAUAAAUGGGGGUUCCGAAUGACUGCUCGGUACGAGUUGUAUGCCGAAAUGCUCGCUCGGUAUCUAAAACCUGAGUUUGAGCCUCAAGUCAUUUCUGAUCCUUUGUUAAACAAGAAGGCUUCUUGAAGAAUAGGCAACUGGUAAGUUACCUAUCAAACAUUUUCUAAUCCAAUGGGAAAAGUAUGCUCACCUUCGCUUCUGUUCGUAAGCUUUGCUCAUAUUUUACAUGAAAGAAAUGAAAUAAUAAACGCAUUAUGCUGAUGGAUAG